CCUCUCCUAGAAAGAUUCCAUAUCCAGGAAAGACUGUGACUGGGUACCUUACCCCCGCCCACUUGGCAUCUAUCCUGAAUGAUAAAGUGUGGACACCUUGACCAGCAAACUGCAUGGGCAUCUCACCCUCCUCUAUAGAGGGCAUCUCACUCGGUAAGAUACAGACUUAUCCAGGAAGGGCCACACAGGGCAUCUGUCCUGGAGAAAUACACUCUGGUCACCUUAUCCAUUAAAGGCUGUGCCUGGACAUGUCACUUCCCUCCAUACAAGGCAUCUCUCCUUGAAGAUAAAACCUGGGCAUCUUAACCAGGACAUCUUCCACACAGGUCAUUUCUCAGGGGGACAAAAAACAAGCUGUCCAACUUAACCUGGAAAAACAAUGACUGGGUACCUCUCAUCCCUCCAUUUAGGGUAUCUGCUGGCUGGGCACCUUAACCAGGAAAGGAUGUGAUAGGGGCAUCUCACACCCCUACAUAGGGCAGCUCUCCCGAAAGAGAGGGCAUUGUGACCGUCAAAGGCUUUAAUUGGUCAUCACACAUCCCUACGCACAAGGAUUCUCUCCUGAAAGAUACAGACUGGGCACCUUCCCCAGGAAUGGCUGUGACUACUCCCCCCAAUCUCCCUCCCUCCCUCCGCACACAUACACAUGACAUUCCUCCUGGAAAGAUACAGGCUGGGUACCUUUUCCAAUGCCAUGAUUCCUGCUCAGGAAGUCUAUUUUUAGACAGCGGCGCAGUGACCCUGGACUCUGAAAUGAAGGAGCUAGUUGCUUGCUUACUUCUAACAAGGUACGUUCUCAAAAAAAUAAAAAAAUACAAUCCAUUCUCUUUUCCGUCUUCCUAACUCCCCAUUCAUGCUUUAUUCUUGUGCCUCUGCUUAACCCUUAAACUCAUCCCCCAUACAAACAAAAGCCAACGAGAUAUAAGAUUAUUUCCAUUCUUUGACUGGGUGACUAAUUUUAAGGCUUAGGAUGUGUUGCGAGAGAGAUGGGUCAGAGGUAAAUCUGCUGCUUCUGUUAAUGACAAAAUUGUGUUUCAUCAUUUUUUAUUUUUUUUUAGUUUUGUGUAUUUUUGUACUUGACACUCACAUCAUCACGCUUAAUCCCACAGUGAAUGUAAUCCCUGUGUAAUAGCUUAUCAAUUUAUCAAGAACUCAAGAGCAGAAAUGUUUUUAUUUUGUAUUUAAUAUAACUGCUUAGAAUGUCCUCUUCCACCCUCACAUCCUCUCUUGACUCAUGACGAGAAAAUCCCAAUAUUCAUGUUUAUUAAGAGAGCUAGUGUCAAAACUGUUACCACUUGUUAUGUAAUAUGUGCUGGGGGGGGGGAUGAAUGGAGAAUAGACAUUUUUCAGUACGUAGACCCCUGCCUUUGCAUGGACAAUCUAUACAUUAGAUAUAAUAAGGAAUUUAAGGGGGGGAAAAAUUUUUAUGUUAUAAUCCAUGAACUUGAUUAUAAUACUAUGGAGAACGCAGUAAACAGCAAUAAAACCAGCACUUUCCUUGUCUUUAUAGACGACAUGAUAGCUCACAGUGGUUUCCAUGGCAACUGGAGAAGCAGGGGUGCAUGGGUAGAGCGAGAUGACACACACGUAUAUAUGUAUAUACAUACAGACUUUUGUGCUAAAUUUAGAAAAAUCAAAUAUUGAAAUGGGAGUUGAUGGUAUUCCAGAUUUUUUUUAACACUUGCACUGCCACGUCGUAUUUGUCGCCACAGAUCCGCACUAUAAACUCCACGCUCUAGAUGAAUUUCUCUAGGGUAUAGUAGAUACUCCGCUGACUGUUUGGACAUACAUCACUAAACCAGCAUAGCUGAUGAGCCCUGGGAGACUUGUUCUUGUUCCGAUAUAUGACAAGGAAAUAUCCUUGCACGUUCAUGAGAUCAAGCAUCUUGCAGGGCUUAUCUCCAUAGAAAAACGUAAUAAUUAGGUUUUUUUUGCAGGCGUUAAUGAACAAACACUCUGCGUGUGUUGACAGCUCCAGUUCUAGUCUAAACAGACAAUAUGGUGUAAACCGUUCCCUAGAGAUCGUAUAUGUUAAUUGUUUUGUUCAAGCGUGACGUCUUUGUCCCUAAAUUCUAGCUGAGGAAAGUGCAGGAUCAAUAAGAGCCAGAACAGGUCAAAGGGCCUUUUUGAAGAGGUCUGUCUGCUUCAUCCUCUCAAAUAAUAGGACCAGAUUUACGAUAACAAUAUUGGGCUAAAGACAAACCUCUUUAAAAAGAUAGGUUAUCAUUUCACAGGAGGAAAAGGCUAUAAGAAAAGCUCCAUGUUUAUAGCUGGUGAAAAAGUUUUGCAGUUGAGUACAUAUCCGAUUUAAUUUUAUAUUUUUCUGUAGAUUUUAACACUGACCCAGUAUAUUGGAAUUUGGCUACCAUGACCAAGGAUAAUAAGGCCUACAAUUCAGUACCUGGGGCCCCAAUCAUCAGUGCUAAAUCCAUAGCUAACGCAACCAAGAAAGCUGAAAAGGCUGAAAAAGCGGAUAAAAAACUACGACGACGGCAGCGGUACGUGGAAAAAGAUGGUCGAUGUAACGUCCAGCAUGGAAAUGUCAGAGAGACAUAUCGCUAUCUGACUGACAUCUUCACAACCCUAGUGGACCUGAAAUGGAGAGUGAGCCUUUUAGUCUUUAGUCUUGCAUACGCCAUCACCUGGCUGUUUUUUGGUGUUAUCUGGUGGUUUAUUGCUUACUGUCGUGGGGACUUGGAUCACUUAGAAGACCAAACAUGGACGCCUUGUGUCAACAACCUUAAUGGCUUUGUCUCUGCAUUCCUCUUUUCCAUUGAGACAGAAACCACCAUAGGUUACGGCCAUCGGGUCAUCACAGAUAAGUGUCCAGAGGGAAUUGUGUUGCUCCUUCUCCAGGCUAUUCUGGGGUCCAUGGUAAAUGCCUUUAUGGUGGGUUGCAUGUUUGUGAAGAUUUCCCAACCCAACAAAAGGGCAGAGACAUUGGUAUUCUCCUCGCAUGCAAUUAUCUCUCAAAGGGAUGACCGACUUUGCCUGAUGUUCCGAGUUGGAGACUUGCGCAACUCACACAUUGUAGAAGCCUCCAUUAGAGCCAAGCUCAUAAAAUCCAAACAAACACAGGAGGGAGAGUUUAUCCCGCUCAACCAAACGGACAUAAAUGUAGGGUUUGAGACUGGAGAUGAUCGCCUUUUCCUGGUGUCACCUCUCAUCAUUAGCCAUGAAAUCAACGAGCACAGUCCAUUCUGGGAUAUAUCCAAACGACAACUAGAGAAGGAUGAUUUUGAGAUUGUGGUAAUCUUGGAGGGCAUGGUGGAAGCUACAGGUACAAUUAAAUUCUCCUAUUCUAAGAAAAUAAAAUAUGUUCAAUUUAGCUGAUGGUCUCUUUGCAAAAAGCCUGAGAAAUCCUAGCUUUAACACCAGCAGGUAUAAUCACAUUACAUUAAGAAAAGGACUCAGACAGUAAGACCAGGAGGCAUGUUCAUAAUGCCCCUAGCCUAGGAACAUUUACCCAAGAGACCAGGAGAUUAAGUGAUAUUGCCCUAAGCAAAGGAACCCUUAGUAAGGUCACCAGCAGAUACAGUCAUAAAUAUCCAAGACAAUGAAUGUUUAGUUCUAAUUAUACACACUAUACUAACCCUUUCAGUACUACAUUGCAGAGAGCAAAGGUUUCAGAGCGAUGAUUUCAUAACGGUGCAUCCCAUGUCUGGUUGUGUAGAGAAAUAAAUAAAUCUCAACGGGCUAAAAUAUCCAUGUCUAAGGGUAGAGUUAGUAAGGUGUGUAAGAUGACUUAGACAUCGAACGGUAAUGAGAGGCACACUUAUCCCUGGGGUGGUCUGAUUGUUCGGUAGUUUCACUUGUAUAGUAAACGGAAUGCUGCAUACAAUGUGAAUACAUGGAAUAGCAAUACACGAAAACAUAUUAACCCCUUAAGGACCAAACUUCUGGAAUGAAAGGGAAUCAUGACAUGUCACACAUGUCAUGUGUCCUUAAGGGGUUAAAAUACACGAAUUUUGAGGACAGCCUUAAUGUAAUCCACUACAAGUCUCAUUCAAGGCUGUCCAUAGGCACAACAUUUCUGAACACACUCACAUGUGCUGCAUGCCUUAAGUGCACUUGCUCUUAUUUUGGAAGCAUGUCUGUGGUGUCCUCCGUACAAGCCUGGGCAGAUGGUAGAGGAGACUCAAAUUAUGUAUGGCCGAGUCAGGGACUGCUGUGAGAUAUGUCAUUGACAUGCAAGGAGCAUUACUCACACCUACAGUGUGUUCAGAAACUAUUUAGAACCCAUCACGCCCCCCCCCCCCCUUUUUUUGUUUGUUUGUUUUUGUUGCAACUUCAUGCUACAAUUUAAACUAUCUGAAUACUAGGUUUCUAGUGCAUUUAAUUAAACAAAAAGGCAGCUCGAAAAACCAAACCAAGUCUCUACUUUCCGUUCCAAUAGAAGAUAUGUGUAAUGGAAAGAGGGGGUAGCGCCUUGGUAUAUUCUGUGAGUUAGGUACGUUCAUAGUAGUAGUUGGAUGUAAAAAAGAAGAGUACAACAAAAUAUAGUGUAGUAUAUCCCGUACAAGUGAAUAUAUAGAAAUGGAAAUGCACUUAAAAGUGGUUGAGCUGGAGUAGCUCUACUUUGAUACUUGGGCGGUGUAAUCCCCGCCUAGGGAUAAUUGGUGUCUUCUUUUUGUAAAGUGCAUGGUAUCAUCAGCCAGGUAGGGGGACUAAGGAUGGUAUACUUCCUCCAUACUUCCUCUCUCACAUUGCUUAUGUUCAACAGAAGAAAAUUGGUCCAUUGAUCAGGACCGGUGUCUUGAUGGGCAUGUAGACCCUGUUCUCAGGACUGUUCUGAUAAAAAUGGGACACCUACAGCUAGUGAGAAUAAAAGAUAAAGAAAACAAUAAUAACCCAGGUAGCCAGUAAAAAGAAAUUAAACAAAAAUAAAUUCUUUAGUGCACAAGUAACAGACGCCACAACCAGCAGUUUAUUUGGAGAAUGAUGAAAAGUGUGUAAAAAUAAUUUUAAAAUUACAAUUGUAAAUAAUUAGGCUCUGAGAUUAAUAUUCCUCACUAAAGAUAAGUGAGCUUGUAAAAAAAACAAACAGAGAAAAUGUUAAAGGAUCACUAUAGGGUCAGGAACACAAACAUGUAUUCCUGACCCUAUAGUGUUAAAACCACCAUCUAGCCCCCUUGGGAUCCUCAUGCCUCCAUAAAUGUAGCAAAAUCUUACUGUAUUCAAGCCUGAAGCUGUAACUCUGCACGCUGUUUGCCUCAGAAAAAACAAACAGUCUGCUGACCUCAUCAGAAGUGGUAGCCUGAUCCAAUCACAAUGCUUCCCCAUAGGAUUGGCUGAGACUGACAAGGAGAAAGAUCAGGGGCAGAGCCAGCAUAAUUCAAACACAGCCCUGGCCAAUCAGCAUCUCCUCAUAGAGAUUAAUUGAAUCAAUGAAUCUCUAUGAGGAAAGUUCAGUGUCUGCAUGCAGAGGGAGGAGAUACUGAAUGUUUGGAUGCAUUUUAGGCAGCCAUGACCCAGGAAGGAUAUCUAACAGCUAUCUGAGGAGUGGCCAGUGAAGUUAUCACUAGGAUGUAAUGUAAACACUGCAUUUUCUCUGAAAAGACAGUGUUUACAGCAAAAAGCCUGAAGGUAAUGAUUCUACUCACCAGAACAAAUCCAUUAAGCUGUAGUUGUUCUGGUGACUAUAGUGUCCCUUUAAGAAAUAAAAGCUCUGAAUCUAUUACCAGUGCAACGUAGUACCUCUAAAUGAACAGCAGAUGGCAGCAAAGUAACAUUUAACCACUGUUAAAAUAUUUAAGAUUGGUGUCCAUUCUGAGGCAAAAAUCCAGUUGCUUUCAAUGAGUACAACGUUGGAAUUGCCUGAAAAAAAAUAUCACCUCUCAAAUUAUCUUCUGAAUAAAUUAUUAAACAUUAUUAAAAUAUAAUACAAAUGCAUUUUCAAAAAAAUCAUGGGAUCCUGAGCUCCCUAGGUAGCAGUACCCCUUUAUUCAUAUCACGGCCAGCAGUGGGAAGUUUAAUUAACCUUUAUUAGGGGAUAUCUGGGACUCUGAGAAAGGGGGGAGGAGGGGGGCUUUAUGGAUGGUUUGGUGUUUUUCUAAUGAAACUUAACAGCCAUUGUCCCAUGUGCAAAUAUGUACGGAAUUGUGACAUUUUGGGGGUUAUUUUAUUUAUUUUUAGCAGGAAACCAAAUUGCUCAGAUUGCACUUACACUGUUGGGGUUUAACUUUUAAAAUCAAUUUUUUACCAUUUGAAUUUGCUCUUAGGUCUUAAAGGACCACUAUAGGCACCCAGACCACUUCAGCUUAAUGAGGUGGUCUGGGUGCCAGGUCCAUCUAGGGUUAGCCCUUUUUUCAGAGAAACUGCUAUGUUUAUGUUAGGGUUAAUCCAACCUCUAGUGGCUGUCUCAUUGACAGCCGCUAGAGGGCUUCCGCGUUUCUCACUGUGAAAAUCACAGUGAGAAGACGCCAGCGUCCAUAGGAAAGCAUUGUGAAUGCUUUCCUAUGGACUGGCUGAAUGCGAGCGCGGCAUUCAGCCGAAGAGGAGGAGAAGAGGGAGGAGAGCUCCUCGCCCGGCGCUGGAAAAAGAGGUGAGUUUAACCCCUUCCUCUCCCCAGAACCCGGCGGGAGGGGGACCCUGAGGGUGGGGGCACCCUCAGGGCACUAUAGUGCCAUGAAAACGAGUAUGUUUUCCUGGCACUAUAGUGGUCCUUUAAGUAUUAGUGAUUCACUUUAAAUAUGUCAACUUUUCAAACCUCAUCUUUAAAAAAGCACAUGUCACUAUAACACCCUUAUGUUGCUGUAUCAAAAACAGGGCUACAUCGUUCUAUGUAGUGCAAUUUAGGAUGGGCAUCAUUAGAAUGGGGUGAGGUCUGUACCAGGUACUAUAGAGAUGCCCAAGUACAGCAGUCUACACCAUGCCAGAGCUUUGAGGUUACUAGGGUUAGGGAGACUGUGGAUUGGAGUAUUUGCCUUUAAGAUGUGGUGGACCAGAACUCCCAUCACUCCAAGGCAUCCAUCACUCCAUCAUCCAAAGUGUGCCCUUCAACUCUAGCCACCUAAUACUAAAGAUCCUUUAAUCUAAAUGUUAAAUUACCCCAACCUCCCAACAAAUCCUAAUAUUACCGCUGCUGCUUAAUUAUAAACCGUUCGCUCGUUAAAGAACCACUCUAGGCACCCAGACCACUUCAGCUUAAUGAAGUGGUGUGGGUGCCUGGUCCAGCUAGGGUUAACCCAUUGUUUUAUAAACAUAGCAGUUUCAGAGAAACUGCUAUGUUUAUCAAUGGGUUAAGCCUUCCUCCAAAUCCUCUAGUGGCUGUCUCGUUGACAGCCGCUAGAGGUGCUUGCAUGAUUCUCACUGUGAAAAUCAGUGAGAGCACGUAAGCGUCCAUAGGAAAGCAUUGAUAAUGCUUUCCUAUGCGACCGGCUGAAUGCGCGCGCAGCUCUUGCCGCGCGUGUGCAUUCAGCCGACGGGGAGGAGAGGAGGAGGAUCGGAGGAGGAGAGCUCCCCGCCCAGCGCUGGAAAAAGGUAAGUUUUUACCCCUUUUCCCCUUCCAGAGCCGGGCGGGAGGGGGACCCUGAGGGUGGGGGCACCCUCAGGGCACUAUAGUGCCAGGAAAACGAGUAUGUUUUCCUGGCACUAUAGUGGUCCUUUAAUGACAUUCUUAUACAAUCUUUAUAAUAAGUCAGGAUUUAAAUGCAAAAUACAGAUACAGGAACAGCACACACCUAAAUUACAUGUUACAAGGCUAAUUAAAAUCCCCUAUCUUAACGAACAAAUAUGGGGAUUCCAUUCCAAUUCCAAUUGUGUUUUUUUUAAUAUAUUUUCACAAUGCUCUUACAACAGAUUAUUAAAAUACACUUUCGCUUAUUUAGCACUAGCACUAUUUAAUAUGUCUCCACGUUGGAAUUAGUGUUGGACCCACCGAUAUUGGGGUACUGUGAAGUAGUGGAGGGCUUAACACAAUAUGGCCACACGGUGGAACUGAAUCUCUAUAUUUGUUCGCUAAGAUGAUUUUAAGUAGCCUUAUAAAAUGCAAAACAUUAUUUUUAUUUGUUAUGAAGAUGUUAACGUGAUACUCUCCAUGCUGAAUGGUUAUCUGAGAGUCAUCACGAACGCUGUGCACAAGCUGGGGUGCCAGAUGUUGGCAACCAGUGCCUACUACAGGAUCUGAAUGGGUAUUUCCAUUGGUGGUGUUAACACUGCUGCCACCUGCUGUUCAUUUGCUCCCAGUACAACAUGCUGACGUUAUUUAGGUGUUUGGCGCAUUCUGUUAAUUUGUCACCCAAUAUUAGGAGUAGACGGUUUGAGUGACUGGACACUCAGUGAGGGGCAAUGUGAACUUUGAAAAAAGACGUCUUAAAAGUCCAGCCCUGGCCCUGUUGGGAUAGUUUUAACAAUGGCCUUGAUUUAAUGCUCUUUUUAAAUGAAUCCAUAAUGUUAGCCUUUCUAAAUCAAAAAUGUUCAUAGACUUCUCUGGUCACUUCAGUAGAUAACUCAUUUGGAAAGUCUAGCAGUAAUGAAUCAUUUGUAAAGCUUAUUACAUCGAGGCCCAUAUUAAGACAGUUAUCAUUUAAGAUUCAAAGGGGUACAGUAAAUAAAAAUAUUUUCAAUGAAUCCCAAACAAGUUAUGCAAAUCGACUGUGACGUUAGUAACUGGUAUCACCGUCUAGUAUUCCUUUUCCCAAUAGCAGAGUAUCGCCUAGAAUCCACAGGAAUAAAUAUCACUGGUAUCGCCAAAUAAUUCACACAUGAGCCAAAGCUUAAUGCUGGAACAAGACUGAUUUACUGGAAGCAACAGGCAUUCAAUAUAUACAGUAACAAACUCCUCCUCUAGGCCAGGCUAGAUAACUGAGUUUCAGCAACAUACUAAACUCAAUUAUCUCGCUGGCCAGAAACAUUAACAAUUUUCAACAUUUUUGGAAAUAUACUUUCUACAUGACAUAUGAAUAUAAAAACCACAUCCCUGGGUAGCUGGGGAUACUGGGAGUAACAUAUCCAAAUUGUAAGAAAAUCUGUUCAGGAGUUUCCGUGUCGCAUCAUGUAGAGGUUUGACCGGCUCGCCAUGUGGUUGUAUCCGAUUUAGAGUUGCAUGAAAUUGGUAGCAAGAAAACCACCAUAGUUGCACUGCAUCUGGUUACAUGAGAAUGCUCCCCUCGUUCGGUUGAUUGGAACUCCCGAACGCCGGUCUGAUACUGCGAGUGGAAAUAGGUCAGACAGGACUUCCAUAAAGACUGGGUGUUCGUGUGAUUGCCAUGCCAAAAACAGUUCCAGGCAAUCCACGAGUAAGUCCCACUGGCCGCGUUUGGGACAUUUAAGAUGGCCGCCAUCCUUUGUUGUCGCCACGUGUUCGAAUGCCGAAUGGCGGCCACCUAGGAGCACUGAGUUACUUUGCGGUUUUCGUGUGGUUACUUGGUGUUCUAAGUUCUGAUUGCUACCCAGGGUGGUCUCGUUCGGUAGAACAAAUAAAUUUCCCUAACACAUAAAUAAAACGAAUAUUUCAAAUUCACUUAAAUAGCAGGGAGAGGAAAUAACCGAAUGGAUACAGGUAAAUACAGGGAAAUCCUUCACAUCGACUUAUUAAAAAAAACAAAAAACCACUUACAUGCAAAGAAAGUGAAUAUAGGUCGACGGGGGGUUGUUGCUGGCGUCGGUCAGCAGCCUUAGGCCCCCAGCAACAUUGCAGAAUAGGCACCUGCCUGCCCGAAAUGGCAGGCACCUACUCGGCUUUAGUAUCAUUGGUGGGUGGGAUGGAGGGCUGCAAGGGAGCACUGACUUACCUGCUGUUCCAGCACUGCUCCCUUUCGCUGAUGCCGCCAGGAGACAGGAAAUGACGACUAUAAGGCGCUGCCGCCUGAUUGAAAUAAUUUCCUGUUUCCCGGCAGCAUCAGCGGAGGGAGCAGUGCUGGAACAGCAGGUAAGUCAGUGCUCCCUCGCGCCCAUACCCCCUCACAGCAACGCAACGGAAUGGAAUCAGAUGCUGGGGGAGAGGAGGAGAUGCUGGGGGAAAACAGGGAGAGGAGAAGGAGGAGGAGAUGCUGGCGGAGAGGAGGAGCAGGUGAAGGAGAUGUUCCUCAUUCAAUUUCAGUCUGGUAUGUAAUCAUAUUACAAGUUGAGUAUCUCCUUGUACGCAUCUUUGGCACAGUUUACAUGCAGUCUUAGUGCAGCUGGACGGACAGAAACCUGAUGAAAAAUACAUGUUCAUUGACAUACGUACAAAGCUGCACCAAAACCGGAUGUAAGACGGAUGUAAUUCUGAUGUAAUUUGUGCCAAAGCAGCAUGUAAAAUGCGUGCAAACUGCAGAUGGAUAGGUGGCAAUAGGUCCUUGGUUAGGUGAAGCACCACCGAACACCAGUGUGUUUUCAUUUACUAGAAUUUGAUUUUUUCAAUAAAAACAGUUUGUGUCAUUGAACUCUCUGUUGUUAAUUCAGACAACUGUAUGAGUUGUUUUUUCGAAACUUAAACUUCAGUAUUCAUGUUUAAUUGCUGUGUUAGCACUUUGAGGAUAAAAACGUUGGUUUGUAUUGCAGUUUGGGCACUCGGGCUCAAAAAUGUUCACCAUCACCGCUGUAGUGUGAGUUAUACAAACCUGUGCAGAAAUCGCAGUUUAGGUUCCCAGCCCCCUUCUCCAAGGAAAAAUAAACGUUUAAAAUGUAUCUCCAUGACUGAGAUGAUCACUUUUGACGAUCUCAUCCAAUCCAGUGCUAUACCAUUGGAAAACAUUUGGAGGUUAUUGCACAUGAGCUGCAAAACACUGUGCCAAUCAGCAUCUCCUCGUAGAGAUGCAAUGAAUCAAUGUAUCCAUUUGGGGAGUGUUCAGCGCCUCCAUGCAGAGCGCAAAGACGCUGAACGCCAGUGCUGCAUACUGUGCAGCAUUGGACUAGGAAGCAUCGUCUGAGUGAGUGUCACUACAGGUGUUACUAGGGAACCAAUGUAAACACUGCCUUUUAUCCGAACACUAUAGGAACGGGCUAUAGACACGAGAACAACUACAUUAAGCUGUAGUGGUUCUGGUGACUAUAGUGUCCCUUUAAAUAAUAAUAUUCACACACAUAGACUUAUACUAUUAAUAUAAUAAUACACAACGGUGAAAAUAACUUUAAACAAAUGUUGCUUCUUUUACCCUUAUUGCUAUCACCCAUAUAUACAAAGAGCCACUUGUUCUGGGUUAAAAAGCAUUCAUGAGAUAGGGGAUUUCUCCACUUGUUAACAGGAUCCUUCCAUACACUUUGUUUACUAUAUAUAAUAGGACCAAAGGAGGCCCAAUAUCAUUAUACCAUUCAAAAAUAUAUAUUCUAACAGCGUUAAAAACACUCACUUAGAAUCCAUUUGUAUCUGCUACAAGAGUAACCCACAAAAUACAAUUAACCAAAAAGAUUUCAGAUCACCUCCUUCUCCAUCUUAUUUCUUCACAUUUCACCCGUUUUGCCCCAAUCAUGUGACUUCCUCUGACGAUGACUUAGUCGUUCUAUUUCUCUUUAUUACAAUCUUUUUGUUGGCACUCCCCACAUUUAAAGAAACCAUCUUUAUCUAGUUCCUUUUUUUUAUAGUAUAUACGUUUUUUUACUGAGUAGUUGCAAGCUUUAGCGACCAUAACAUGAUAUACAAGGUUAGCCUUUAAUCAAAAAUUACAGUAAGAUACAUAAAUAGAAGAUAAGAAAAACAUCAAACUCUGGAAGUAUAAUAUAAAUUAAGAUAAAAUAUAUAGGACACAGCAUAAAGGUUAGGAUUGGGUAAUUGCAAAUAUUAUCUGUCCCAAUUUAAAAAUAAGCAAUUUUCAGAAAUGUUUUCUUCAAUUGCCUCUGCAGUUUGAUACAGUUCUCCCAUUUUUUAUAUCCUUUCACCAUACAUUAUAUUACCUUAUAUUAUAUUACUCUGGCCUACAUUAUAAUCUGACAUUGGUAACCAAUCAAUAAUGUUUUCUGACUUUCUGGUGUUGCACAACCAUUUAUCAAAUCGAUCACAAUCCAAAUGUCACGGCCAGUAAUGUCACGAAAGUCAGAAAACGUCCUCUUAAAACUUGACCUAACUCUAUACUUUUCACUUUAUUGAGCUUAGUUUUAUUGUGAAAUCCACAGAAGAUGUAUGGUUUAAAUGUGAAUCUUAAUUUAAGUUUAGAUCCAGGUCUUUGCAGUGGAAUGUCCCUUUAAAGUUCAAUCAACAGAAGAGAAGAUAACGUCUAAAGUAAACACACUGUGCUGUAAGAUCUGAUUGAAAACGAAACAGUCUUUCAUGAAAAAUGUGUGGCAAGGGUUGCAUAAACAGACACACAAGUGAUUUAACUCCUACAUGGUAGAGAACUGAGCAAUGAGACUGCAGGGACAUGAUAUAUACACUAAAAGAGCUUAAUUAGGCUACAGUUGUUUUGGUGCUUACAGGAGGCAACAUAGUACAGCCAGGUACAUGGCUAAAAUGAACAUUGUGUAAUCUCAAAAUUCUUUUGCAGGUAUGACGUGCCAGGCAAGGAGCUCAUACCUUGUGGAUGAGGUGCUUUGGGGACAUCGGUUCAUGUCUGUGCUUAGCCUUGAAGAUGGAUUCUACGAGGUGGAUUACAACACUUUUCACCAAACAUUUGAGGUUCCUACCCCAACAUGCAGUGCCCGAGAGAUGGCCGAAGCUGCUGCACGAAUGGAUGCCCAUCUCUACUGGUCAAUUCCAAGCCAGCUGGAUGAGAAGGUGGAGGAAGGGACAGAAAAAGAGAACAAGGAUAAGGAAAUAAAUGGAAGCCUGAAUAGUCCUGAGAGUGAGCAAGUCCUCAUGGAAUGACUCGGGCUAUCAAAAAGACAUGUUUUUUGCUUUUUUUUGGGUGGUAAAUGGUGGCAUCUACAGAAUUUCAAGAAUAAAUUGCGAAUCCCAGGGGAAGGGAGUUGGGCACUUUUGAGAAAGAUGGGGUGCACAACUCGUUGCACAAAUACAACAGUGUUUAAUAGUAAUCGCCCCGAUCUCCUUGCUAUUAUACAGUCUAGAAGUUGUCGAACAUGUUUCGACAAAGUUUGUUUACAUUUUCAUUAUUAUACCAAAGCAUAAGCACAAGACCAGAAUCUGAUCAUUCAGAAAAGUGUGAACAUGGCUUGAUUUUAAAGACGCAAGUUAUUAAUAAUAUUCACUCAUGUGAAAAUAUCUGUGAAGUUAUGGGAAAUGUAUUUAUGUGAUGUAUCCACGAAAGGCCAAGUUCUAGUGGCAUGCACAGCUUGCCGUGGCAAAUAGCUGUAUUGGAGAAAAAUCUCAAAGUGGCAAAUUCAAGUUGGUUGCAAAGUGAGCUGUAGCAACUAACUCACUUUGCCUGGCUUGGUUAGAGUCAGGUGUAGGUAGAAGCAGGUCCAUUGUGCAAGCUGGAGAUUUCAAGUUACAUUCUAACUUUAACAGUAAAAUUGCAAUUAAAUUUCAGAUGGAUACAAAUGUGUAUUCCCCCACCUGCAUAACUGUAGGAGAAGAAGCAGGUCGGUCUAUGAGCAUUCAUUAUGACAAAGGAAGACCCAACAAAUUAUUAUCACUAUACAUGUCCCUCAUGCCACGCAGGUUCCCCCCACUUCUUCACCUUCCUGUAACUAGUAAUUGGUGUUAAUAAUAUUAAUAGGGUUCCACUGGAAACCACUAUUAACCUUCUGCAACUGUUAGUUUAUAGUAUGGAGCAGAUGUAGCCUCUGCAGCUGUCCAAUUACUGCCACAUCUUCUUUGUGUAAAGGUGAAGGCCUUGACUUAUGGGUCACCAAACCCGAUCCGUUAAAAAGUCUUCUUUCCGACUAAUAGUUGCAAUGCCCAUAACCUUCCUAAACCAGGCACCAGCUUGAUGGUCAGACCCCUUAGUUAUCUAAUUUUUCUGGAACUCCAUACUAUUACUUUACUGAAUAAUGGCAAUUAUAGUGCCACUGAGUAUGCUCCUCAUCUGUUAAUAGGUGGUCUGGUAAACCCCAUGUCCACCCUAAGAAACCACGGAAUGAGGAAGGAAUAGGGGAAACUGUGUAGCCUACCACUCGAUAUUAUGAAUCAAAUACCUACCACUGUUGAGAUGUAGAAAAAUGGAAGAGGGACUUUCAUCUCACCAAAUAAAGCCAUGCCUUGGAUUUAGGGAAUUUUGAAGGCCCUCGCAUGUUGUUUCCCAGGUCACCUCCUUUUUACCUUUCUAAGGAGGAUCCUGGGUACCCUUGAUAACUUAUUUAUUUUUUUAGGUGUUUUAAGUUUAUUUUUACUGUUUGCCUGCUAGUAUCUCAAUGCUGUGAAUAUACCCUUUUUUUAACAUUAUUAAUUAGUCUUCUGGUGCUGAUUGGCUGAUCUUUAACAUUUACUUUUUUUCCCACUGUUCGUUAAAGUUUUGAGCAGGCAAGUGACUUUACCGCAAUAACAUUUUAUCAAUUUUAACAGUACAUUGAACAUGAUUUUGCAUUUGUCAGAAUGCAAGUUUUCUGUAGUUGAUUAUGCCUUGAUAGAAAGCAAAAUUAUGGCUUAAAGGACCACUCUAGGCAUCCAGACCACUUCAGUUUGAUGAAGUGGUCUGGGUGCCAGGUUCCUCUAGGAUUAACCCUUUUUUUUAUAAACAUAGCAGUUUCAGAGAAACUAUGUUUAUAAAUGGGUUAAUCCUUCCCCCAAAGCCUCUAGUGGCUGUCUCAUUGAAAAUCAGAGUGAGAGCACGCAAGCGUCCAUAGGAAGGCAUUGUAAAUGCUUUUCUAUGAGACCGGCUGAAUGCGCGCGCAGCUCCUGCCGCGCGUGCGCAUUCAGCCGAAAGGGAGGCGAGGAGGAGGAUCGGAGGCGGAGAGCUCCCCGCCCGGCGCUGGAAAAAAGGUAAGUUUUAACUCUUUCCUCUCCCCAGAGCCGGGCGGGAGGGGGACCCUGAGGUGCAGGGCACUAUAGUGCCAGGAAAACGAGUAUGUUUUCCUGGCACUAUAGUGGUCCUUUAAGGCAGCGAUCAGGAAGCUACAGUAUGUCACAAAUGGCAUCUGUGGAACUCGGAGGCCACCGAGGUGUCACUUUGGUCUGUCGUCAGAAAAGGACAGAGGUGGCGGAUAUGAAAAGGAUACUGACAUUUAGUAGGAACUGUGAGAAUGUGAAUUGAGAAGUGGGAAGUUAGAGCUGAUAAGGAAUUAGGGAACUGAAACCCUGAGAGUUGACAUAGAGGAUUCUCAUGGUAGGGAAUGAAGCCAGUAUAAAACCAGAGAACAUUGAGAAAUGGAAACACAAAUACCAGAAAACAAAACUCACUCGGCGAAGAAUCUCAUUCACUGUCAAAAAAAAAAGAAAAAGGGAUCAGGGAACUUAAAGGGACACUAUAGUCACGUGAACAACUUUAGCUUAAUGAAACAGUUUUGGUGUAUAGAACAUGUCCCUGCAGCCUCACUGCUCAAUCCUCUGCCAUUUAGGAGAAAGAGAGGCUGAAAAUUUCAAUUUUUAAAAAAAGAGUAGAUGGAAGAAUAGGUUUCUGAAGAUUAAAUGAAUGUAAUGUAGCAAUAAUGAUUUUUUUUAAUCAAUGUAGUGGGUUCUUUUUUGUUUAGUUAUGAUAGUUUAUAGUUAUCUUUUUAGUUUGGAUUAUAGUGUGGAGAGGCAUUGAGGGUUAUUUGACACACAGGGUGGUUAAUGUAGCUCAUCUGGUUUAAUGCAUAUGUGCGCAUGCAUCUUUUUAUUUUAGAUUUUCUUUCACAGCUCAUUAAAUCACACAAGUACACCCCUAUAGGCCAUGCCUCAAAACAGUCUGGGUUUUGGCGGGAUAGUCCUUUAUUUUAAGGUCCUGUGCCCCCAACCAGGUUUAGUUACCUGAUGCCAUGCAUGUGUGGACACCAGGGAAGAGUCCCCAGGCAGCAAAGCACGAGUACAUCAUUAGAUGGUCUUAGCAGGCACUAGCGGGGCUAGAUUAACAUAGGGGCAAGUGGAGCUGAAGCUCCAGGUCUAUGCCAAUGGAAUAGGUCCAUUGAUAUAAACAAAAAAAAAAUAGAUAUAUUAUUUAUUUUAAUUUUAUUUCUACUACUUUUCAUAGGCCCUUGCUUCGUGCAGAGGGAAUAAAGUAUGUAAACUUGGGAGGGAAAACAACUUGUGUGGACUGGCUGACCCUAAAUUAGUUAAGGUAAACCUGAUUUUGCAAACUGUGCAAAUGCUCUUGCUGCUUUUGUCUCUCUAACACUGUGGCUUGUCCCCUUUCUUCUACACUCACUACAUCCACCUUUUUGUCUGUCCCAGACUGCAUACCAGGAGCUUCUGCCUGCUAGUAAGAAAAGGAGAGGAGUGGACAAGUGAAUGAAGAAGGGACACCAGGGAACUGUCCCCAGAAAGUGUAGAGCGAUGCAUUAGCGCCAAGCUCAGGGUGCUGAAACCAUCUUGUCUGUCUACGCCACCCUUAGUUGGCCUGGCUGAGAUACUAGCAGGCAGUCUGUCAUGCAUUCACGCCAGGCUAACCUUCAAACUCUUUGGACAGACCUGCUUCAAGUGACCUGCUCCUUUAGGCCGUGCCAAUGACGUGAUUCUUGUCACUGGUCUACCCCCUUUUACUCUGCCUGUCGACAUCCCACUUCCCAAGAUGAUGAAUGUUGGGGGAUAUGGGUCUGUUUGAAAAAUGAAAGCAAGAGAUUAGCAUAGGGUAUGUGUUUUCGUAUAGCUACAUCCUGUGAGUUUCACUCCGGCACCACCACCACCAAAUACAUAACGCUUGGGAAGUAUGACUGUUUUAGUGUUUACUGUCAGUAGGACUCUGUAAUUAGUAAUAAUUGUCGGCACCAGGCCCAAUGGGUUCUUAAUCUGGUCCUGGGCACUAGGACUAUACAGGGAGUGCUUCAGCAGUGCUCCCUGCGUGGGCCUGAAGGCUGAGGGCAGGCCAGACAAACUGUCAGUGGGUGGGCACACAAUUUUUCUGAGUGGGCCUUCUUUUUAUGGGCAUUACUGGCAACACCUCCUCAGGGCCCCAACCACCCCAUCCCGUUUCUCCCCUCAUGAUUGUUGGGAGGUAUGCUAUAGACAGCACUGCAGUCAAUCACACAGAGAUAUUAAGCCUCAGAUAUACACAAGCACACACACAUUUACAAUUACACAUACAAGAACACACUUAAAGAUACAUACAGACAUACAUUUAGAUACAUUUCACAUUCACACAAACACACCCAGACACAUUACACACUCACAUGCACACAAACACACAUGCACAGAGACAUAAUAGACACUUACAUGGACACAAACUGACCUAGAUACAUUACACACUCACAUGCACACAGACACACCCAGAUACAUAACACACACUCACAUGCACACAAACACACCCAGAUACAUAAUGCACACUCACAUGCACACACAGAGACAUAAUAUACUUACAUGCACACAAACACAUCCAUAUACAUUACACAUUAAUUAAGGAAUCUUGAAACACUGCACAACCAGAUUUAUUUGCACUUGUGUGCCGAGGACUAGUUACACCCUUGGCCCAUGUGACUUUGGCAGCCAAAUGUCAAUUCUGUGCAUAUUCUACAUCUGUCUUCUACACACAGCACAUUAGCGACAGAUGUAAUCUGAUUCUGCCCUGCCUGCAAGGGGAGUCUUAUGUCUCCCCUUCCUCCUGCCACCUUACCACCUGCCUGUCCCAUCAGUUCAGUUUAUUUCAGACUCCCUCUCUCCCGGCUCCCUCUCCCAUGCCAGCUCUGAGCCAGCUAAAUGGUCCAAUCAAAGGCUUCUUUAAGAGUAGUAUUUGAUUGGACCGUGCGUCGGGCUCCCAUGAAGUCUGGUGGGAGUAUGGAAAACAGCGCGGGGAGCUUAAUAAUUUUUUUAUCUUUUGGAAAGGGGGAGGGGGACUAAAAAAAAUAAUGCCUAAUAAGGAAUUUUAAGGAUUCCUUAUUGGAUAUUAUUUUUAAACCUUUGUCCCUCUAAUUUAAGACUAUGUCCUCUUGUUGUGGUAUUUUUUCUUCCUUUAAAUAUAGUCUCCUCCUUUACUGUGUUGAUUCCCUUUAUGUAUUGAAAUGUUUCUAUCAUAUCCCUCAUGUCUCGUCUUUCCUCCAAGCUAUACAUGUUAAGAUCCUUUAACCUUUCCUUGUAAGUUUUAUCCUGCAAUACAUGAACCAGUUUAGUAGCCCUUCUCUGAACUCUCUGAAGAGAAUUGCAUGUUUUGCAAGUUGUUUUUAGAUAUACUCACAAUGAAAGAAAUACAUAAUUAAAUGCAUCCAGGUUUUCAUUUGGGAUGUAUGUACUAACAGGUGAUUUUUAUUUAUUUUGUAUUUCGGCAGUGGAGUGUCACUUUAAAGGACAAAUGUCUCUCCAAAGCUAAUUUUGAUUAUAUUUAUCUUUUCAUUAGAUCUGCUGCUGUGAUUGCUCAGUGUGAAUAUGCAGCAGCAGGCAAGUUAGGUUGAGCAGCAGUUGUUCAGAUAACUGUAGAGUCACACCCAAUAUGGCAAAUAAAAAAAGUGAUAUUUCUAAAAAAA